AGUUUGCCAAGUAGGGUUUCACUUACUCUCUGCGCACACACACACACACACAGCGGAGAGAGGCGGAGGAAAAUGCCGGCCGGUCAUGGAUUGAGGUCGCGUACGAGAGAUUCAUUCUCUCGUGCAUUCAGAAAGAAGGGUACCAUCCCACUUUCAACCUACUUGAGAAUUUUCAAAAUCGGGGACUAUGUUGAUGUCAAAGUUAACGGUGCUAUUCACAAGGGAAUGCCGCACAAGUUCUAUCAUGGUCGUACUGGCCGUAUCUGGAACGUCACCAAACGCGCCGUCGGUGUAGAAGUUAACAAGCAGGUUCGUAACAAAAUCUUAAGAAAGAGAAUCCAUGUGAGGAUUGAACAUGUUCAGCUUUCCCGAUGCACUGAAGAAGUCAAAGAAAGGAUUAAGAGGAAUGACCAGCUAAAGGCUGAGGCCAAGGCUAGAGGAGAAGCUAUCAGCACGAAAAGGCAACCCCUGGGACCCAAACCAGGUUUCAUGGUUGAAGGCGCUACAUUGGAGACUGUUACCCCCAUACCAUAUGAUGUGGUUAACGAUUUGAAGGGAGGCUAUUGAUUUUUCUCUGUUUAUGAGCCGGUGAUUGUUUAUGUGCUUUUAUGAAAUUUAAAGACAGGAUUAGUUUUUGGUGUCACCUCAGACCCUGCUUUUUAGUUAUAAAUUUUGUUUACAAUAUCAGUUGAGGACUUCAUCGAACUUGUUGGCUCUAAAUGGAAGUGCAGAAUUAUCUAUUACUACUAGAUUCUAUCC